AGUGAACCAACCAUCGCUGAGAUGAGAGACAUGAGUGACGACGAGAGCACUGGGGAUACUGUGUCAGCCCUGGGGAGGCUGACACCCGUGAUUGUUCUGGCGACACUGAUAGCUGCCUUUGGGUCGUCCUUCCAGUAUGGGUACAACGUGGCUACUAUUAACUCUCCUUCUGAGUUCAUGAAAGACUUCUACAACUAUACCUACUAUGACAGAGUCGGUGAAUACAUGAACAAGUUCUACUUGACCUUGCUGUGGUCGGUUACUGUGUCCAUGUUUCCCUUCGGAGGCUUCCUCGGCUCUCUCAUGGUCGGCCCCUUGGUGAAUAACCUAGGCAGAAAAGGAACCUUGCUGUUCAACAACAUCUUCUCCAUCGUGCCUGCGCUCUUAAUGGGAUUCAGUGACCUCGCCAAGUCAUUUGAGAUGAUAAUUGUGGCCAGGGUCUUGGUGGGAAUAUGUGCAGGUCUGUCUUCCAAUGUCGUCCCCAUGUACUUAGGGGAGCUGGCCCCUAAGAACUGGAGGGGCGCCCUGGGGGUGGUGCCCCAGCUCUUUAUCACCAUCGGAAUCCUUGUGGCCCAGAUCUUUGGUCUUCGGAGUCUCCUGGCAAACGAAGAAGGCUGGCCCAUCCUCCUCGGAUUGACUGGGAUCCCCGCCGUGCUGCAGCUCCUCUUCCUGCCCUUCUUCCCUGAGAGCCCCAGGUACCUGCUGAUUCAGAAGAAAGAUGAAGAAGCUGCCAAAAGCGCUCUGAGGAGGCUGCGUGGCUGGCACGAUGUGGACGCGGAGAUAGAGGAGAUCCUGGAGGAGGACAGGGCUGAGAAGGCUGCGGGCUUCAUCUCCGUGCUGAAGCUGUUCAAGAUGAGGUCCCUGCGGUGGCAGGUCAUCUCCAUCAUCGUCCUGAUGGCGGGCCAGCAGCUCUCCGGAGUGAAUGCGAUCUACUACUACGCAGACCAGAUUUACCUGAGCGCCGGGGUGAAAGAGGACGAUGUCCAGUAUGUGACGGCAGGCACUGGUGCUGUCAACGUGCUGAUAACCGUCUGCGCCAUUUUCGUGGUGGAACUUAUAGGGAGGAGAUUCCUGCUCCUCCUGGGCUUCUCUGUCUGUUUCACUGCCUGCUGCGUGCUGACGGGUGCCUUGGCUAUGCAGGACGUGAUAUCCUGGAUGCCCUACGUCAGCAUCGCCUGUGUCAUCUCCUACGUCAUAGGGCAUGCCCUUGGGCCCAGUCCCAUCCCCGCACUGCUCGUCACUGAGAUCUUCCUGCAGUCCUCCCGGCCAGCUGCCUACAUGGUGGCGGGUACUGUUCACUGGCUCUCCAACUUCACUGUGGGCUUGGUCUUCCCAUUCAUCCAAGUGGGCCUUGGAGCUUACAGUUUCGUCAUUUUUGCUGUGAUAUGUUUUCUCACCACCGUCUACAUCUUCCUGAUCAUCCCUGAAACCAAGUCCAAGACCUUCAUAGAAAUCAAUCAGAUCUUCAUCAAGAUGAACAAAGUGCCAGGGGUGCACCCAGAAAAGGAGGAGCUAAAGGAGUUUCCACCCUCGACUGCAAGACAGUAA